GUGCGAGCACGUCAGUUUGAAAACGUCGCUCGCUGAAUUCACUUCGCAUCCAAGCCGACCCGCACGCAACGCGGCCGUCGCGCAACAAACAACCAACGACCGUCGAACUCGAGCUCGAACGCGACGUUCAAGUUGAAGUUGAAGCAAAACGCAAACAAGAAAUUACACACGAAAAUAAAAGGAGAAUUUACCGCUUGCCUCGCCUCGCACCUGUGUAUGUUCUUGUGUCCUGUCAUUUUUGUGUUGUCGCGUCCAUCGCGUGUGUCUCUCAAUUGAAAUCGUGCAGCAAGAAAUUUGGCAAACCGAAUUCAAUUUGAAAUAUUGUGAAAUUGUUGUUGCAUUGUUUAUCCAGAAGAAGGAAGAAGAAGCAGGCAUAAGACAAAUGCCGAAAGUGUAUCAGACAUCGAAAAUGUGCUGACAAAUAGCAAGAGCAUAACAAAGAAAUCCAAAAUAUUCAAAUCCAAGAAAUAGAGCAAGAAAUUCUAAUAAAAUGUUGGCGCUUCGCCCAGUUGCAGCUCCAGUUCCAAUCGCAAGUGCAGUGCAAAAGUGCUGAAGUGCUCAAGUGCUGAAGUGAGGAGUUGCCAUUGAACCACGCCACGACAAGUGCUCCUCCGCAGAGGAGCUGACUGUCUUCUGCUCCCUCUUUUCGCACCUCUUUCCGGUCCUCUUCUCGCCUCUCGCCUCGUCUCUAUUUCAUCUCUGUCUCUGUCUGUGUGAGUGUCGGCUUUCCGGGCCCCACCAAAAGCCGCCAAAAUUAAGUUCUCAAAGCAGAGCCAGCUCCACGCAUACCGGCAAACGGACAGCCUCUACGACGGUGGCACCGACACCGACGACGACGAAUGUCCUUUGGAGUCGACCACUAUGAAUCCCUACGAGUUUGAGUCGACGCUCGACUGCCGCGACACGGGCGGCGGGCCCUGCCCCGGCACCCUGCCCAUGACCGGACGCCACGCCCCCACCGCUGGCCCUGGCGGCACCUCCGGUGUGCACAGCCAAACGCUCCAGCACCAGCAGCAAAACCAACAGAAUUUACAAGCCGCGGCCGCAGCCGCCGCCGCCGCCGCUGCAGCCGCUCAGCAGUCCUCGCACUACGACUACGAGUAUCAGCACUUGCCGCAUCGUCCACCGGAUACCACAGCCAACUCGACGGCGCAGCGCACACACGGCAGACAAGGUAUGCUCCCAGAUGAACCUAGUUAUAUAAACUCAACUCGGUUGCAAGGCUUUCUCCUGGAGGGAGUCACGCCAACAGCACCACCGGAUGUUCCGCCACGUAAUCCGACAAUGAGCCGCAUGAAUAAUGCUCGUUUAAUUGCCGGCGCUGUUGCUAACAAUCCCAAUGAUCUGGGCGUUGACUUUGAGCCAUCGUGUUUGGUGCGGACGCCAUCGGGCAACGUUUACAUUCCUAGUGGAAAUCUAAAUAUCAAUAAGGGCUCACCCAUCGACUACAAAAGCGGAUCAGCCUGCUCCACACCCACAAAAGACACGCUGAAGGGCGGCUACGAGCGCAGCACGCAAGGCUGCAUGGGCCCGGUGCUGCCGCCAAGGAGCAUGAACGGGAUGCCUACGCAUCAUUACUCGGCGCCGAUGAACUAUCGCAAGGACCUGGCCGAGCGCUGCUCGGGCCAAUGCAACUGGGCCAGCAUCGCCAUGAUGGUGGUCCUGGCUGUAAUAUUUUUCUUGAUGGUCGGCCUGACGUUGUCCGGCACUCUGCGCUGGUCAGGGUCGGAGCCAUGCCCUGUUCUAGUCGGCAACGAGGUCUCUGAGGUGACGGCUGCCAAGAGCACCAACACCGACUUAUCCAAGCUGCACAAUGCAUCGGUACGCGCGAAAAAUGGCCAAGGCAUAGGAAUCGUCCAGGGACAGGCUGGAGGCGGUAGCGGCACGGCGACCGUCACAGCGGCCACAUCGAACAGCGGCACUGCUCAAGGACUGCAGUCGACAUCCACCUCGGCGGAGGCCACCUCCUCGGCAGCGGCCGCCACGGCAACGUCCUCCUCGUCUUCGUCGCUGGCGCCUUCGACCUCCCUCUCCUCAUCCUUGGCAAAUGCCAAUAAUGGAGGUGCUCGCACGUUCCCGGCGCGUAGUUUUCCGCCAGAUGGAACUACCUUUGGCCAGAUCACGUUGGGUCAGAAGCUAACGAAGGAAAUACAGCCGUACAGCUAUUGGAAUAUGCAGUUCUACCAAUCCGAACCGGCCUAUGUCAAGUUCGACUACACCAUUCCAAGGGGUGCAUCCAUUGGGGUGUACGGGCGUCGCAACGCGCUGCCCACGCACACGCAAUACCAUUUCAAAGAGGUUCUCAGUGGCUUCAGCGCCAGCACCCGCACCUCACGUGCAGCACACCUUUCCAUAACUCGGGAGGUGACUCGCUAUAUGGAGCCGGGUCACUGGUUCGUCUCGCUCUACAACGACGAUGGGGAUGUGCAGGAGUUGACUUUCUAUGCAGCCAUAGCAGAAGAUAUGACGCAGAACUGCCCGAAUGGGUGCUCCGGCAAUGGCCAGUGCCUGCUGGGACACUGCCAAUGCAAUCCCGGCUUCGGAGGCGACGACUGCAGUGAGAGCGUCUGCCCCGUGCUGUGCUCGCAGCAUGGCGAGUACAUCAAUGGCGAGUGCAUUUGCAAUCCGGGCUGGAAGGGCAAGGAGUGCUCACUGCGCCACGACGAGUGCGAGGUGGCCGAUUGCAAUGGGCAUGGGCAUUGCGUCAGUGGCAAAUGUCAGUGUAUGCGCGGCUACAAGGGCAAAUUUUGCGAAGAAGUGGAUUGCCCACAUCCCAAUUGCUCAGGACAUGGCUUCUGCGCCGACGGCACCUGCAUCUGCAAGAAGGGUUGGAAGGGCACUGACUGCGCCACCAUGGACCAGGACGCACUUCAAUGCCUGCCCGACUGCUCGGGUCAUGGCAACUUUGAUCUGGACACCCAAACCUGUACUUGCGAGACCAAGUGGAGUGGCGACGACUGCUCCAAGGAGCUGUGCGACCUCGACUGCGGCCAGCACGGUCGCUGCGAGGGCGACGCCUGCGCCUGCGAUCCGGAAUGGGGUGGCGACUACUGCAACACCAAGCUGUGCGAUAGCCGUUGCAACGAGCACGGCCAGUGCAAGAACGGAACUUGUCUCUGCGUAACUGGAUGGAAUGGCAAGCACUGCACCAUCGAGGGCUGCCCCAACAGCUGUGCCGGCCACGGUCAGUGCCGGGUGAGCGGCGAGGGUCAAUGGGAAUGCCGCUGCUACGAAGGCUGGGACGGACCAGACUGUGGCAUAGCAUUGGAGCUCAACUGCGGCGAUAGCAAGGACAACGAUAAGGAUGGCCUGGUUGACUGCGAAGAUCCGGAGUGUUGCGCUAGCCACGUGUGUAAGACAUCCCAGCUCUGUGUAUCCGCACCCAAGCCCAUCGACGUCCUCCUGAGAAAACAGCCCCCGGCAAUAACGGCCUCGUUCUUUGAGCGCAUGAAGUUUCUGAUCGACGAGAGCAGCCUGCAGAAUUAUGCUAAGCUGGAGACAUUUAAUGAGAGCAUUUUUUGGAAUUAUUUCAACGCAAGCCGAUCAGCAGUAAUCCGGGGACGAGUUGUCACCUCCCUGGGCAUGGGACUGGUGGGUGUGCGCGUAUCCACAACCACACUAUUGGAGGGCUUUACACUCACUCGCGAUGACGGAUGGUUUGAUCUCAUGGUCAACGGUGGAGGAGCCGUGACGUUGCAAUUCGGACGCGCUCCGUUCCGGCCACAGUCACGCAUCGUGCAGGUUCCCUGGAACGAGGUCGUUAUAAUCGACGUGAUGGUUAUGAGCAUGUCCGAGGAGAAGGGUCUGUCUAUGGCUACAACGCACACUUGCUUCUCGCACGACUAUGAUCAAAUGAAGCCGGUUGUGUUGGCCUCGUGGAAGCAUGGCUUCCAGGGCGCCUGCCCAGAUCGCAGUGCCAUAUUAGCCGAGUCGCAGGUCAUCCAGGAAUCCUUGCAAAUACCCGGCACAGGUCUCAAUCUAGUUUAUCACUCCUCUCGCGCUGCGGGCUAUUUAUCUACUAUUAAACUCCAACUGACGCCCGAUACGAUACCUGCCUCGCUUCAUCUCAUUCACUUGCGAAUCACCAUUGAAGGAAUCCUGUUCGAGCGCGUUUUUGAGGCAGACCCCGGCAUCAAAUUCACGUAUGCUUGGAACCGCUUAAACAUAUAUAGGCAACGUGUCUAUGGUGUCACGACAGCCGUUGUCAAAGUGGGCUACCAAUAUACCGACUGCAAGGACAUUGUGUGGGACAUACAGACGACUAAACUUAGUGGGCACGACAUGUCAAUCUCAGAGGUCGGCGGCUGGAAUCUGGAUAUCCACCAUCGUUACAACUUCCACGAGGGAAUUCUUCAGAAGGGCGACGGCUCCAACAUCUAUCUGCGCAACAAGCCUCGCAUUAUUCUUACUACAAUGGGCGAUGGCCACCAGCGACCUCUCGAGUGCCAGGACUGCGAUGGCUUGGCUAUGAAGCAGCGCCUGCUUGCUCCAGUCGCCUUAGCAGCCGCGCCAGAUGGAAGUCUAUUUGUUGGCGACUUCAACUAUAUUCGCCGUAUAAUGACCGAUGGUAGCGUUCGCACCGUUGUUAAGCUGAACGCCACACGCGUCUCAUAUCGGUAUCACAUGGCUCUGAGUCCGCUUGAUGGCACUCUUUACGUGUCCGAUCCAGAAUCUCACCAAAUUAUUCGAGUGCGCGACAUCAGUGACUACUCACAGCCGGAACAGAACUGGGAGGCAGUCGUUGGCUCUGGGGAACGGUGCUUGCCCGGCGAUGAGGCGCAUUGCGGAGACGGUGCCCUCGCCAAAGACGCAAAACUGGCGUAUCCCAAAGGCAUUGCCAUCUCAAGUGACAACAUUCUUUACUUCGCGGACGGUACCAACAUCCGCAUGGUGGACCGUGAUGGCAUCGUGAGCACACUAAUCGGCAACCACAUGCACAAGUCGCACUGGAAGCCCAUCCCGUGUGAGGGUACGCUGAAACUAGAGGAGAUGCAUUUACGCUGGCCAACUGAGCUCGCUGUGUCGCCAAUGGAUAACACUCUACACAUCAUUGACGACCACAUGAUUCUACGGAUGACACCGGACGGGCGUGUGCGCGUCAUAUCCGGACGCCCACUACAUUGCGCUACAGCCACCACUGCGUACGACACCGACCUGGCCACGCAUGCUACUCUGGUCAUGCCGCAGUCCAUUGCAUUUGGACCGCUAGGAGAGCUGUUUGUCGCAGAAAGCGAUUCUCAGCGCAUCAAUCGCGUGCGCGUUAUCGGCACGGAUGGUCGUAUUGCGUCGUUUGCGGGAGCUGAGUCCAAGUGCAACUGUCUAGAGCGUGGAUGUGAUUGCUUCGAGGCUGAUCACUAUCUGGCCACAAGCGCUAAAUUCAAUACCAUCGCAGCCCUAUCUGUCACCCCCGACGGACACGUGCACAUUGCCGAUCAGGCCAACUAUCGAAUACGCUCUGUGAUGUCCAGCAUUCCUGAGGCGAGUCCUUCCCGGGAGUACGAGAUUUAUGCGCCAGAUAUGCAGGAGAUAUACAUCUUCAAUAGGUUUGGUCAGCACGUCUCUACUCGUAAUAUUUUAACUGGAGAAACCACCUACGUAUUCACCUACAAUGUUAACACAUCGAAUGGAAAGCUGAGCACCGUAACGGAUGCAGCCGGCAACAAAGUCUUCCUUUUGCGAGACUACACUUCGCAAGUGAAUUCGAUUGAAAACACCAAGGGCCAAAAGUGCCGGCUACGCAUGACUCGGAUGAAAAUGCUGCAUGAGUUGAGCACUCCGGACAACUACAAUGUCACCUACGAAUACCAUGGUCCUACGGGAUUGUUAAAAACAAAGCUUGACUCCACUGGACGUUCUUACGUCUAUAACUACGAUGAGUUUGGACGUCUAACUUCAGCUGUAACACCAACUGGUAGAGUCAUUGAACUCAACUUCGAUUUGAGUGUGAAGGGAGCCCAAGUAAAGGUCUCGGAAAACGCACAGAAGGAGAUCUCAAUGUUAAUUCAAGGCACUACCGUUAUCGUUAAGAAUGGAGCCGCAGAGUCGCGUACUACGGUGGAGAUGGACGGAUCGACAACGAGCAUCACGCCAUGGGGACACAAUCUGCAAACAGAAGUUGUUCCCUAUACGAUUUUAGCCGAACAAAGUCCACUAUUAGGCGAAAGCUACCCAGUGCCAGCCAGGCAGCGCACAGAGAUUGCCGGAGACCUAGCCAAUCGAUUCGAAUGGCGCUACUUUGUGCGACGCCAACAGCCUUUGCAGCAGGGUAAACAAAACAAGGGCGCCCCCCGUCCAGUCACUGAAGUAGGACGCAAGCUGCGUGUCAAUGGAGACAACGUGCUCACGCUGGAAUACGAUCGUGAAACACAGUCCGUUGUUGUCAUGGUUGAUGACAAGCAGGAGCUUCUUAAUGUAACUUACGAUCGCACUUCGCGUCCUGUUAGCUUCCGCCCACAAUCCGGGGACUAUGCCGAUGUUGAUCUGGAGUACGAUCGAUUUGGACGCUUGGUCAGCUGGAAAUGGGGAGUCCUACAAGAAGCCUAUACCUUCGACCGCAACGGGCGCUUAAAUGAGAUCAAGUAUGGUGAUGGGUCAUCGAUGAUUUACACCUUUAAGGACAUGUUUGGCUCACUACCGCUUAAAGUGACCACACCCCGUCGAUCAGAUUAUUUACUUCAAUAUGAUGAUGCUGGCGCUCUACAAAGUUUGACGACACCAAGAGGUCAUAUCCACUCGUUCUCGCUACAAACGUCACUUGGCUUCUUUAAGUAUCAGUAUUAUUCGCCCAUCAAUCGACAUCCAUUUGAGAUCCUUUAUAACGACGAAGGCCAGAUUCUAGCAAAAAUACAUCCACAUCAAUCUGGCAAAGUGGCAUUCGUGCAUGACUCUGCAGGACGACUUGAAACCAUUUUGGCAGGACUUUCGAGUACCCAUUACACUUAUCAAGAAGCAACCAGCCUGGUGAAGUCCGUUGAAGUGCAAGAGCCCGGUUUCGAGCUUCGCCGCGAACUAAAGUAUCACGCAGGCAUUCUGAAAGACGAAAAACUGAGAUUUGGAUCUAAGAACUCACUAGCUUCGGCCCACUACAAAUAUGCCUACGAUGGCAACGCACGUCUGAGCGGUAUUGAGAUGGCUAUUGAUGACAAGGAGCUGCCCACCACUCGAUACAAGUACAGUCAGAAUCUAGGCCAGCUUGAAGUAGUGCAGGAUCUGAAGAUUACUCGCAACGCCUUUAACCGGACCGUAAUCCAGGACUCAGCCAAACAAUUCUUUACCAUAGUUGACUACGAUCAACAUGGGCGUGCUAAGAGCGUUUUAAUGAACAUCAAGAGCUUCGACGUGUUCCGCUUGGAACUGGACUACGAUCUGCGUAAUCGUAUCAAGUCUCAAAAGACCACCUUUGGCAGGUCGACGGCCUUUGACAAGAUUAACUACAAUGCGGAUGGACAUGUCAUUGAAGUUCUAGGCACAAACAACUGGAAGUAUCUGUACGACGAGAACGGCAACACCGUGGGUAUUGUCGAUCAGGGUGAGAAAAUAAACCUUGGCUACGAUAUUGGCGAUAGAGUCAUUAAGGUGGGAGAUGUCGAAUUCAACAACUAUGAUGCCAGGGGCUUUGUAGUGCGACGAGGCGAGCAGAAGUAUAGAUACAAUAACCGAGGUCAACUGAUACACGCUUUCGAACGAGACCGUUUCCAAAGCUGGUAUUAUUACGAUGAUCGUAGCCGCCUUGUAGCCUGGCAUGACAGCAAGGGAAACGUGACGCAGUACUAUUAUGCUAACCCUAAAACCCCGAAGUUGGUUACUCACGUGCACUUCCCCAAAUUGGGAAAGACCAUGAAGUUUUAUUACGAUGAUCGCGAUAUGCUGAUUGCACUGGAGAACGGCGAAUUGCGUUACUAUGUGGCUACCGAUCAAAAUGGUUCACCACUCGCCUUCUUCGAUAUGAACGGCAGUAUUAUGAAGGAGGUGAAGCGCACUCCAUUUGGUCGCACUAUCAAGGACACCAAGCCCGACUUCUUUGUGCCCAUUGAUUUCCAUGGAGGACUCAUAGAUCCUCACACAAAACUGAUCUACACGGAACAGCGCCAAUACGAUCCAACUGUCGGUCAAUGGAUGACGCCACUCUGGGAGACGCUGGCCACCGAAAUGUCAAACCCCACAGAUGUAUUUAUCUAUCGCUACCACAACAACGACCCCAUCAACCGUAAUAAGCCACAGAACUACAUGAUCGACCUAGACGCUUGGCUGCAGCUCUUCGGCUACGAACUCAACAACAUGCAGAGCAAUAGAUAUACCAAGGUAUCGCAAUAUGUCCCACAGGCGACGAUCAAGUCGAAUUCCCUUGCACCAGAUUUUGGUGUUAUAUCGGGCCUGGAGUGCAUUGUCGAAAAGAUUAACGAAAAGUUCAGUGACUUUGAUUUUGCCCCCAAGCCACUGCUCAAGAUGGAGCCCAAGAUGCGAAAUCUGCUGCCCCGUGUGAGCUAUCGUCGAGCUGUCUUUGGCGAAGGAGUUCUGCUAUCCAGAAUCGGAGGAAGAGCCUUGGUCAGCGUGGUGGACGGUUCUAAUAGCGUCGUUCAGGAUGUAGUUAGCUCCGUUUUCAAUAACUCCUACUUCUUAGAUCUGCACUUCAGCAUACACGAUCAAGAUGUAUUCUACUUUGUCAAGGACAACGUUCUGAAGCUGCGAGAUGACAAUGAAGAAUUGCGUCGCCUUGGCGGCAUGUUCAACAUAUCAACGCACGAAAUUAGCGAUCAUGGGGGUAGCGCUGCUAAGGAGCUGCGCCUUCAUGGACCCGAAGCGGUAGUUAUAAUAAAGUAUGGAGUGGAUCCCGAACAAGAGCGACAUCGCAUACUCAAGCACGCCCACAAGCGAGCAGUAGAGCGCGCCUGGGAGUUGGAGAAACAGCUGGUAGCAGCAGGUUUUCAAGGCCGUGGCGACUGGACAGAAGAGGAAAAAGAGGAGCUCAUACAACAUGGAGACGUCGAUGGCUGGAUCGGCAUUGAUAUUCAUAGCAUACACAAGUACCCACAGCUGGCCGAUGAUCCCGGCAAUGUGGCCUUCCAACGUGAUGCCAAACGCAAGCGCCGCAAGACUGGCAGCAGUCAUCACAGCAGUUCCAGUCGGAGACAGCAGAAAUAUGGAGAACUGACCGCGUGAGUGGAGGAGGACCUUGAGAAUGAAGCUAGCGAUGAAGCCAUAGAGGAGUAUGACGGGCCAGAGGACUAUUUAAUAGCUGUGGGCAAGUUAAUCCAUAAGACAAGCACGGAUACAACCGUUGAGCAGUUUUUGUAAUUACCUAGGUGAAAUGCAACAGCGAUAAGAAAUAUAAGCGAUAGACGAUAACCAUUAAGCACAAUACACAAAAAUCAUGACACGAAACACAGACUUUGAUCAAGUUUAAAGUUGAAAAUAUUAUUAGCCAGGCGAGCCCGAAGUAUCGAACAGAUCAACCAGCAAUCCACGUAAAUCUUUAUAAAUGUAUGUAUGUUGAUGUUGAUUUUAAGAUAACGUAAAUAGGGAUACUAUAUGUUUAGUCCACGUGCAACAUUAUAUGUACUAUAUUUUAUUGGUAUCUGAUGCUCGUAUGCAAAGCGGCUUCGGGCAUAUAGAUUUGUAAAAAAAAUUCCUUGACGAAAAACGCGUCGCUUGGUGACGUAAGGGGACCCAAGUAAGGCCCACUUUUUGUUUAGUCUACAGAAGUCUAAUUAGCCAGUUGCAUUCGAUAUCAGAGAAGUAUUACACAACCGAAAACGAAACAAAUUAUGCAUAUUCGAAUAAGAAAUAGUAUAUAUAUAAAUGUAAAAAGUUAAAAGAGUCCCCUGAUCAAAAAAAAAAAAAAAAAAAGUAAAUAAAAAAAAAAAAUAACAAAGAGGAUAACAUAAAUCAAUACAGAUAUAAUAUAUUCCCUAGCCCUACUUCCAUACUACUCGUAUAUGGUAAGACGAACUUAACGCUGCUUCAUUUUCAUAAACUGCUUUGUAUAUUGUACAUACACAUACAUUAUAUAUAAACAACUGUAAUACUUAAAUAUGCUUUAACACUCAGCGCGCCAUUUUGAUUAUUUGAUAACCCUAUUUUAGACGUACGUAUUACGUAACUGAAACUUACGUAGUCGAGGUCCAUUUGACUCAUAUGUUAAGCAAAUGCUCGAAUUUACUCAAACACAUAUACUUAAGUUUGACAGCCAAAAAUCAAAAACUCAUUUUCGGGUCUGCUGCCCACCUAACCAAAUCGAAUAUUAUACUUGCACACUCGAAUUCCAACUCACGUAUAAUAUGCCCGUUCUCCUUUUCUCUGUUUGAUUUCAUUUCGAAGGCAAAAUGCAUUAAAAAUCUUUUUACAAAUUGUGAUAUAUUUCUAAACAUUUCGUUCACAACUUGAAAUGUUGCAUAAAUGAAGCCGAACGUUUAUAACAGCAAAGUACUUUACUCAUUCGUGUUUUUUUUUACAUAAGUUUUAAGAUUUUAGUUUAUUAAAACGCAAUAUUUAAUUUAAAGCUUUGCCAUGUUAAUUUGUAAAAACAAUGCAGUUCAUAAUGCCUUUAAUCCAAUGCUAGUUUAAGAACAACCGUAGAGAUCCGUAUUCUUUUAUUUUCUUUUUUUUUUACCACAAUCCAUAAAUUGUCUUGAAAUUCCUUGUUUUAACUGACGCUUUGCUAAAUUGUUUUUAUUUUUUUAUUAUUAUUAUUCAGAUUAUUAAACUAUAUCUGAAACUAAACUAUUGACUAUUGAGGUAUAAAUAAUCUAGCAAUAAAAGUAAGAAAGGAUACUUAAGUCUUAAUACUCAUCCACAUAUAUGAAAUACACUCUGUAAUAUAUAUACAAAUACACAAACAUAUAAACAUACACACGCACACAGAAUACACGUACACACACACACAUACACACUUAACUACACAUCGUUAACUAAGGAUUAGGCUAAAGAUGAACGAAAUAUAGCACUUAAAUAUACGGAAUGUAAAAGUGAAAGCAAGGAGUUAAUCGUAAUAAAAUGUAGGAAUUAGUUAAAGUGUUAGUAAUUUUAUUAAAUAAAAUUAUAUAUAAAGUGCAGAACACAUAACGAAGAAAAAGAAACAUGUAAGUCUAAGCAUCAAGAAUAUUAUAUAAAUAAUAAUAAAACGAAAUCGAAACUCAAAUAUAGUUAUAUUAGUAUAAGUUUGCAUCAUUGUCUCAUGCGGAAUGAAAUGUUGUGUAAAGAAAACGAUAUUUUCAUGUUUUCCAAAAAUAACAGAAAACGAAGCAAAAACAAAGAACAAAAAAACAAGAAACAAAUACUAUUUUACACAAAACGAAUUGUAUAAUAAUAAAGAAAUGCAGCAAAACUUAUAUAAAUGUAUAUGUAGUUAAAUUAAGCAGCAUUAUAUUAACCAAAAACCAAAUGAAAAUUAUUGAAAUCAGCUAAACAAGAAAAAUUGUGACUGAGAAGGAAGAGAACUAUCUACGUCGUCUACUCAAUUGUGCUUAAAUCUACUUAGUAUCUUUUGUUCUUCACAAGGAGUUGUAAAUUUUCCGAGAAUAACAAACGCAGAGGCAACAUAACAUAAACACAUAUGUAUUACAAUUCGUUACGCUCAUGUUUAUGCAUUGGUAUUGACCCAACUUAUAGAGCAGAGAAUCUGUGCUAGAGCAAAUGAUAACCUUUGAUAAUAAAUAAAUUAUGAAGAAUA